UGAAAUUUUGAAAGAGCCAAAAAACAAGUUACGCGCUUAUCCCCGAGGGUGUUCGCACUUUCCAGUGAGUUGCAAUUUUUAGAAAUUUGGAUUAUAAUCAAAAUUCAUAAUCGAGCGUUUUCAACUGAUUUGGUUAUGUAACUUGGCAAUAAUAAAGAGAUUCUCAAGCUGACGUCAGUGAGUGUCAGACCCUCACUUGAGCUUUAGAGUGAUUUAACUCGGUUAGUACAAAAACCUCGUAAACAGAUCGAACGCUCUUGAAAUUGAAAUCUUGAAACACUUUCAAAGCGUCCUUUUUGAUUAUGGCACAAAUGGGGAUUUUGGUGGAUCGGGAAGAUGGCUCGAGGUUUGCAUUAAACUACAACCAACAGACAACUGGAAAUUUGUUUAGAUCUGCAAAGGAGCCGGAGAGACUCUUCAGGAGAGAAGAAAAACUAAGAAUGUGCUUUAGAAGUGUUUAUACAGACUUCUAUGAGAGAGAAAUGGAUAAGACGGAGAGAUCUAGUGGGAGGCAAAGGGGGAGAUUCAAUUACGAUUUUGUCGUUGAGGAAGAAACUGGACUGAUCAUUGUGAGGUUAUCUUCAGGUAAAUGCAUUGCACGAAACACAGCUUAAGCCAUCUUGUUUUCAGGUAACUUUGCUGAUCCUAUCAGACAUUUUUUUUAAACCUUCGUCCCAUCAGCUAAAAUUUCUUCUUACGGAAGUCUAAGAGGAAGAAUUUACUUGAGAUAAAUCUUUUAGAAAGAUAAAAGAAGGGCAGUCUUGUUUCCACAAGGAUAAGUCGCGUUUCAACUUGUAGACAAUUAUCUGCCAUGCCAAUUCACUUCUCCUCAGGGGUUCUUAUUUAAAAUUUUCAUUAAAACGAUAUUCUUUUAGGCUCUCACGCAAAUGGCUUCCAGAAUUCAUCAAUACCGAGAUUAGCUACAGGGUGCGGGUAAACUAAUACUGAUGUUCACAAUUGGUCUAUUUUGACCCUUCUAGGUGGACUGCAACUUAAGCAGUAGCCGAAAAGAAACCUGAAACAAUUCAGGCUUUGACGGGAUACGAGCUCGUGCCUCUCAGAUAUUAAUAGGGGGCUAUAGGCAAAUAUUGCUGGGUUUUUCUUUCCCGAAAGGAAAUCUUACCAUUGUAGCAAUGAGAUGAAGGUCUACCUAACUUCAAACGAAUACAUCUUAUAAAAAUUGUUUUAUUGUAAUGUUUUCAUAUCUAGUUUCUCAGUUACUUUCGACCAAAAUAAAACAAAAGGGAGCGAAGAAGGAAAGAUAGGCAGGUAGGGAAAGAAGAGAAGGAGGGAGAGUGGUUUGAAUUAGUAGAUAGAUGAAUGAAAGUUAGACUUCACAGCUCCUACAGGGCUAUGCUUCUAAAAAAUCUUACCAAAAAAGGGAAGAUCAAGGUAAAGAGAUACAUUUUAAAAUACUCAGGUUCAACUAUCUUACUCCUAGGUUUCAGUACGUCAUUACAAUGAUCUCCUAUUUGGCUCUCAUUGAGUGAAAAUCUGCCAUUACUCGCGAACGAGAAUCACACCUCUGUGCUCCUAUAGGGCUAUGCUUGCAGCACUCUUGUGAAAAAAAAAACGUUGUUAAGAAUUAAAUUUGAAAUAAUUGCUUCAACCAUCUUUCCCCUAGGUUUCAGCACGUUUAAAACCGUAGAUGCCCUUAGAGAGUGCCUGAGUGGAGUUAGGGACGAUCAGAUAUGGCUAUUGGAAACAGGUACGCCAAUACCAGAAGAAUUCCAAGUGAUAAAUGAUCGCCUUGCUCACGUAAAGAUCCUGCCCAGUGAACAUGCUUCUGUUACUGUGGAGAAGUUCCAAGAGGUAUUUAUUACGAUUUAUUUAUUGAAGCAUUACAAUUAUGAAAAGAUAAAUUGUACGAUCUUAUAGUCUAUAUUGCUAACACAGCCGGUUUUAUGUGAGAUGACUCAGUCCAGUGCGUUGAAAUGAUGCUAUGCGAGCUAACCUGUCUCAGUCCUUCGGUUAGUGGAGGUGUGCAAUGUAGAAUCGAAGGCGAACAUACUAAUGUUGUUGUGGUUGUCAGAAAACGGCUUCCCUAUUUUUUAUGGCCUGAUUAUUUCACUCGUUUCCACUAACCAAGAACGGUCCAGGUUUUAUUUACUUCCACAAGGAUUAUUUUUGUUUUACUGUUGACUCGUUAGGUCGCCUCGCUCUCUUUUCUUUUCUUAGAUGCUGUGUUGUCUCAACUGGGUGAAACUGUCUAUCGAGCAGGAAAAACGAGAACGAAAAGCAAGCAAGAAAAGUGGUAGAAAGUGCUAAUACACGGUAGCCUUGUUCAGUAGCAAUGUCUACCACUACGUAGCAGUUCACCAUCCUAUGUAGAUUUGUAUUAAAGAGUGUUUUUUAUCCUUGAUUAUGCAGUGGAACAACGAAAUCUUGAGAGAGCUGUAUUUAAUUUCUCACUGUUUGCUUACCGGAAACUACGGUAUAUGAAUUAUUACAAAGUGUUAUUAAUAAUUUUCAUGGCGUAAGAAUGGGUUGGAAUGUGCACUGAUAACCCUCGAAAGCAUGUUUUGUUUUGCUUUUAUUUUCUUCUUUACGAAGAGACUAGCUUUUACUGACAGAAAGACGUUAAGGUCCCGGAAGGAGAGUGUUGCUGCGAGCUUAUUAUGGUUAGAACUUUUCCAAUUCCAUGCCAAUUCAUUACUCCUCAGGGGUUCUUAUUUAAAAUUUUAAUUAAAAUGAUAUUCUUUUAGGCUCCCACGCAAAUGGCUUCCAGAAUUCAUCAACACCGAGAUUAGCUACAGGGUGCGGGUGAACUAAUACUAAGCCUAUUAUGAUUAGAAUUUUUUCAAUUUAGAUUAAUGGGAAGUAAGGGAGAUUUCCAGUUCAAAUGAUUUUUCCGCGAAGGAAAAAUCAUCCAUAAACAAACUUAUGAAAAAUUUGAAUCGUCAAAGAACUGUAACGAUUGCCGAGACGAAUGAAGUAGUUGUCAAAAAAAGACGCGAUUUUGCUGAAACUCAACCAGGCCAAAAGAAAACAAACAAACUGCUUUUUGAUCCCUUAUUGCAACCGACAUCGACCUAGAAAUCCUGUCUGCGUUUUCUUACAAGGUAUAUGAAAUAUAUAGGUAUAUGGAAUAUAUAUCUAGGGCUAACCUUGCUUCGUGGAUAAAGUGUGCUGAUUAUAUCGGAGGUAGCUAAAUAUAUAGCUAGAUGAUAAGCUUUUCAUAUUUCAAAAUGUAAUUCUCGUGUAAAUGAUGUAAAACAUCGUCCUUUGUUUGUUACUUCACAGCUUUUAGAGCCAGUUUUGAGAUAAACUGUUGUUUAAAAUUUUGAAAUAAACUGCGAUAAUGUA